GGCCGCGCUGGUAAACGUUGGGAGAAAGAGAGAAGGAUUCAUGGGAGUGGGGAAAAGACUGCCAUACAGAGUAGGAACGGUGGUAGAGAGCCACGGCAUGGUGGAAGUCAGCCACGAAGACGUGACGUACAUACUCGGCAGUGCACGGUGUACCAUAGCUAUGGCAUAGUUAAAGUGGGAGAAACCGCGUAUGACCGUCCUCAGCCUGAGCCAGUCUCGUGUGAACGACCGUGAAGUGAACCUCGGGUGGUGCACGCUCAGGACCUUGAGUCCUCUUUGCACUGGGACUCAGGAGCCUCAGCAGCUGCUGCACGACGGGAGUGGACAGAGUCGUUUAUUCUUAAAAAGAAAUUCCUUGCUCCGGAUUCUUUGUGAACCUUAUUUCGGUCUUUACUGUGUGUCGAGUGCUGAAAGAUUGCACCAAGGUGUUUCGAAUGUGAGACGUAACAUCAAGAACCUUAUUGUUUCAACGAUAUUCAAUUUGUUGAUUGAUUUCUUAUUGAUCGCCUAAAGAAAUCAAUUGUGAUCACUUCAAAACCGUGACCAUCAUUUUGUAAACUUACUACCUUGUCGUGCUACUCGGUAUCAAAAGUGUUCUACACUUCAAUCAGGCUGGGAAGUAAACUUAAACUCUUAUACGACUCCAUAAUCGUGAAAUUAAAAAAAAUAAGACAGACGUUUUCUAAAAAAAAGUGAUACUUAUUGUUGAAAUCACUUUGUUAAGUGUUGUCGGACCGUCUUGUAUUUUGAAAACUUUACAAAUGGUUAUUUACAAGUAAUUUAUUUGGUAGUAAUUUACGAAUUUUGUGAAGUGGGCUUCUAUCUCAUCGAGUAUUAAGUUAAAGUCCGGCGCGGCACAUUGGUCAAAAACCUGACGUGUACACCGGUCUGAUCCGCCGCCAAGUAGGUCAACCGGCGUGUGCGAGAGCGCGAGACUGAGUGAGAGAAAAAAAGAAACACCACCGGUGGCAGGAUAAGGGGUGGAGGGAGGGAGAGAGAGAGAGAGGCGAGGGAAAAAGAAAGAAUGGCGUGCCGCAGGCAGCGCCCGUGAAGACGACUAUCCUGAUGUCCAGCGGCUCGCUGUAGGCUUGUGAUCCAAAAUGGCGGACAUCGAUAGGCACCACAAUUUGCUUCGAAUCGACGACGACCGGUCGGAGUGCACGGAAUCCUGAAGAAGAGAUCCACGUGGUAUCGCGUCCUUGACACACGCAUCCUUGAUCUUGCUAGGAAAAGCGCGGGGUUGCGAGAGCAAUCAAUGACGAUGGCGGGACCUACUGGGUCGAAGGUCCUCGUGACCUUGACGAUCCUGGCACUGCUCGGAGUGUCGGCCAUACAGAACGAUAAAACAUCCUCUCGAAUGUCUCGGGAAAAUACCGUAUUGAGUGCUAGCGCUUACACUGGUCCCGAAAAAACAUCCAGUGGAAGCCAACCGGACGAGACUCGGACCUUCCAAAAGACUGUCCCAGCGAUCCAGUUGGAAAGUUCGAAAACCGUUAACGAUUACGACAGGGGGGAGACCAGAAUUGCGUUCAAAGAUGCGAGUCGGGACGAGUCUAUCGACGAACUAACGUCGUCGAAACACGUGGCCCAUUUCGACGGUAAUAACAUCGAGGUGAAAGCCGGCGAGUACUAUCACAUAGUGCCAACCACCAGCGAGUCGAUGUCGGGGGAAGGACAAGGGGCUCCGCUGAGAGUAGAUCUCCUGUCGGAGCCCCAUCAGCCGGUUGGCGCGUCGAGGCAACGAGCACAGCAUUCGCCAGUAACGGAUCAGCAACGGCGAGGUCGUCAAGAGAUCACGAGGAUCUAUAGCGAGCACGCGCCGCCGCCGAGUCUGCAAACCGCCGCGCCAGGUCAUAGACAAGCCAACCCCGAUAUACAGGACAUUAUCACCGGCAUCGUCAAAUUGCUCAAUGGCAACGUAAACGUAGCCGCAAACACCGUGAGGCCAUUGAGGCCGAUACAAGCUACGAGGAUCAACAACAGAGGACCACCCAGAAUAUCGGAUGUGCCACCGUUGCUGACGGACUUUGACACACCUGGCAUGAAUCCACCGCCGCCGCCACCGUCGUCUCAUCCUUACCCGUUCGAAAAGCCCCCUGCACCCGACAGACCAUUAUUGCCACCCAUUAGGCCCUUCAUCAGCGGAGUGCCAUUACCAGAGCAAGUCGUGCCGCCUUGGAGCUGGGAUUCUUCGCACAGUGGUAACAGACGACCGGCACCACCCUACAAACUACCAUCGCUGGACUCCUCCUUCCAUCGCGACAAGAACCUUUCAACGACGGAGAACUCGCAAUACGAUUUAAAACCGGAAUCCGAAACGCCUCAGGAGAGCUCCACGAUAAAGAAAGAUGCCAGUCAUCAAGAAACACUUAUCGAGGACGGUAAUACUAAGAAUCGCACGAACAAUUCUAGUGUCGGUAAAGAUCGAGUCAAAUCCACGGUGGCGACCGAUGAUUCAGCUGUCCAGAACACGACGAAAAAACCUGAGCCCGAAGAGUCCACAAAGAAACAACAUAUAAAUCACAAGAAUCAUUCACCGUCGAAGGAAAACAAGAUCAACAGCGAGGAGACGCUGAUCCUCGGCCUCGCUACAGACGUCGUUUCGACUCACACGACGCGACACCCGGAGUCUUCGGACGAUCAGGCCAAAGUUACGAAGUCUUCGAAAAGCGAGGAAAAAAUAUCCCCAACGUUCAAAGGAGGAAAACCGAUCGAGAAACCCACCCCGACCGCCUCGAAGACUUUUUCGACCAGCACUCUUAACAUCGAGACCAGUUCGUCGGUCCAAGUGAUCGAAUCUAUGUCGACAAAAAUCCUUCGACCAACCGCGAUUACCGUGAAACCGAGCCUUGAUACCAAGUUCGAUGUGAGUUUGGAACCCAGCAGCGCAUCAGAUAUCGAAUACAUAGAACCGACGUCCAGCGUUUCGACGCCGACCGACGGUCUUCCUACAACUUACUCGAAGAGUUCGGCUACGACGGAGAAGAGCGUCGUUCAUCCCACCACUUCUCUUUUCACGAAAAAUACAGGAUCCACUGAACGUUAUCGUCCACGACCUGGAAUUGUCUUGGACGAUACUUUAGAUUAUACUGGAGCACAAGGGUUGCCAAGUCAGAGGCCUUAUGCACCAUCGAGACAUCCACCCCACGGUGACGUCUUUGACGUAACAGUUUCGGCAAUUCAGGGACCCGGAGGAAGUUCCGGGGAGAGCGUUAGAGUGUCUCUACACUCAAGCGGCGGUGAUGUCAUAUUAACUUCUGCAGUGGGCGGAGAAGGUUUCGUGAGUAUUGACGGUAAAAGAACGUAUCUGAAUCUGUUCGAUAACACGGACCGGACACCCGUGCCCACUCAUGUACAACCACAACCAACUAGAACUCAACCGCCGCCCAUCAUCGGUACUGGUCUCGCCAUUCCACAACCGGAUACUCCUCUUGCCACUUCCCGUCCCAAUGGAUCAAAUCGCAGGCAACCAUCGUACCGAAGACCGACGCAGCCACCUGUCAGAAUAGACACUUGCAUCGUGGGCGACACGAGUACAUGCGAUGCGAGUCAACAUGAGGCUUGCGCGACGGUCCAAGGAGUAUCGGCUUGUCACUGCAAGCCAGGAUACGCGCGAUUGCAGCAUUCGCUGCCGUGCAAAAAGAUUGUCAGUAUCGUUGUGUCAAUCAGAGUUGACAAAUUUUACGAUAAGAAAGUCGUGUGGGAUCGCGGGCUAGCUGACAAGGACACGGAAUCUUAUCAAACUCUCGCUUACGAGGCCAACAGAGCCGUCGAGUCUGCCAUGUCUAUGACACCAUUCUCAGACGAAUAUAUGGGAUCGCUGAUAAACAACGUUUAUCAAGGAGACGUAAGCCAAGGACAAGGCGGAGUUUUCGUGAAUGCAACUCUAAAACUCACUUAUGAACCGAGAACGAUCAGACCGAGUUUAGCCGGUGAGCUUCAAAGACACCUGCUAGGUGUCAUUCAUAGAAAGAACAACAACAUCGGAAACAGUGCCCUGUACGUGGACAGCCCACCGGGAUCUAUAUCAAACUUGCAAGAUCUGGACGAAUGCGCCUCGUCGGAGUUGAACGAUUGCCAUUCAUCCGCUAGCUGUGUCAACACCUUCGGUGGUUUCAUGUGCUCGUGCAAUCCGGGAUUAAAGGACCCUCACAAAAACGAUCCCAAUGAAUCCGGCAGAACGUGCCUGUCGUGUCCCUCGACCUAUUGCAAUAAUCGCGGCACCUGCUCGUAUCAGGGGGACCAGAUGCAGUGCGCAUGCACCGGCAAUUACUACGGCGCGCAGUGCGAGGUCGAUGGCGAAGUCUUGGGCGUCGCUAUAGGCGCGUCUGUGGCCGCGUUAAUAAUCAUAGUAUUGACUCUAGUCUGUCUCGUUAUGUGGAGUCGCAAGUGGUCUCGUGAACAAAAGUCUGCGGGUUCUCCGGUGUACGGUUAUAUCCAAGGUGGAAUACCUGGUACUCUCCCAGGGACCUUAGCGAGGGUGGGUUCUGUGGGUACUCUAGCAUCCAUAAAACAAGGGCCGCCGACGAAUUUGCCACCUUACAUGUGGGCUCAUUUUGGGGAGCACAUGGCUACAGCGAAUCUCUAUGCGACCGAACCCAUGGGCCCUACGCGACCAAGCUCGGCGAUGUUCGGUUAUCCACCCAUGAACGUUCACGGAACAUUGCCUCCGGUCCCAUUACCGCGACUUCAGGCCCCAACACGGCCAAGACAGAGACCUCAGCCAGAUCCGGAUAGCUCGGAUUCCGAGCCGCAAGAUAAGGACAGAGCCGACCUAAUUCCUCAGAGCAGUGGUUUUCAUGUGCCGAGGCCAAAGUCGAGGUCUUCAUUAGCGAAUCAAAGCGGUAUUUAUAACGACGUGGAGUACGACCAGGGUGACAUUCAUCACUUAUCGAAGAAUAAUAUCCCGAUGUCCACUUACAGACCGUACUACAGAACGUGAAAUUCACAUCGCGGGAAGUAAUACAUUCGCGCACGCGCCAAGGGACGAUACUAAAUAACCCAUUGCAAAUUUAUCGUCUAAAGUGCUCAAUAAAUAGUGCAUUAGAACGUGGUGUGGUGCUGCUACUAGCUACGAAGUAAUCCCACGGUGGGAAGCUGCGUCUCAGCGUCGUCUGAGCAAACGUACCGUGUGUACGGAAGAUUUGCACACGCGGAUAGAGUGGAAGCGAGCCUUUUCGUAUCCGCGCGCGUGGUUAAGCGGAUUAGAUUUUGCUCGCUAUAGAGUCGUGUUCUUGUAGUCACGCGAUAUCGUAUUUGCGAUAAAUGAAUUCAUGUUUAGUGUACAACGCAAAUAUUUAUUAUUCAGUUUCGUUAUUUGAGCCUCAGAUAUUUUGUAAAAUCCAAACAUUCGCUCACCGUUGGACAGUUUUAUCAAGAGAGAUACAUAUGUGCGACGAUUGCAUAUAUUUGACGGUUUUUAAUUAACUCGUUAUCGCUGUUAGCUCAAUACUCAGAAUAAGAGUAAUUUAUAAGAGCAGAUAUAUCGACUGUUUACGACUAGUUAUAAUUGUUAAGCAGAAACUAACUGUUGCGUUAUAAUUAUUACACAAUUUAGUACAGAG